AUGGCCGUUGUACUUUCCCACUGCAAACCGUCGUUUCCUCUUCGUCGAUUCCAUCAUCACCGCGAAAAUUCAUGGAAGAAAGAAUAUGUCCGGAGCUCUUCAAGACGACGAUUCACAGUGAGGGCUAUGUUUUGGAGGUCUAAUAAGUCUCCGGAAGUAAAAGAAUUCGACAUUUCGCUUAGUAAUUAUCCUCUAACUGAGUCAGGCACCGAGGAAGGUUCGAGAAAGAAGAAUGUGAUUUCACUUUCAGUUGUUUCUUCAAUAUCGGAGAUAACACAAGCAGAAUGGGACGCAUGUGCUCUGGAUUCUUCAGAGCCUGGAAGCCACAAUCCAUUUCUAAUGCAUGGGUUUCUUUCAAGCUUAGAAGACACCAAAUGUGCUGUUCGGGAAACAGGUUGGAUGCCAUUACAUAUUGUUGCAAAGGAUGAAUCUGACAACGUUUUGGGUGUUUCUCCGCUUUAUCUCAAAAGCCAUUCCUAUGGUGAAUUUGUUUUUGACCACUCUUGGGCUGAUGCAUACCGGAGUUUCGGCGGGAGAUAUUACCCUAAACUCCAGUCUUGUGUUCCUUUCACUCCCGUUACUGGCCCUAGGAUUCUUGUCCGUGAUAGUCCUUGCAAAGACCAAGUCUUUGAUGCUAUUGUUUCUGCCAUGACAGAACUCGCAGCUAAGUUACAAGUUUCAUCUUUGCAUAUUACUUUUCCGUCUGGUGAUGAGUGGAACAAACUGAAGGAGAAAGGCUUCUCACAGAGGAUUGGGAUGCAGUACCACUGGAAAAAUCGUGACUAUAAAAAUUUUGAUGAGUUCUUGAUGGACAUGAAGCAGAGCAAAAGGAAAAAUAUCCGGCAGGAGCGCAAAAAGAUUGGUACCCAGAAUUUGAAAAUGAGACGGCUGCGAGGAGACGAAAUAAAGGCUAGCCACUGGGAUUCCUUCUAUGAUUUCUACAGGAACACAACUGAUAACAAAUGGGGCACACCAUAUCUAACAAGAGAGUUCUUCCACUACAUGGCAUCAAAGCUGGGAGACGGGGUUUUGCUUGUUCUUGCUGAAGAAAACGAAGAGCCAGUCGCAGGAGCAUUGAAUCUUAUAGGAGGAGAUACUCUAUUCGGGCGGCUAUGGGGAUGUCGUCCUGACUCGUAUUAUCCUAGUCUCCAUUUUGAAGCCUGCUACUACCAGGCAAUUGAAGCAGCAAUAGAGCUUAAUUUAAAAACGGUAGAAGCUGGAGCUCAAGGUGAGCAUAAGAUUCAGCGAGGGUACCUUCCUGUUAAAACGUAUAGUUGCCAUUACAUAUUCGACCAAGGUUUUAAGCAAUCCAUUGACGAGUUUUUGGUGCGUGAAUCAAAUCAGGUGGAUUAUGUCAUCAAACUGUUGCAUGAAUCUGGACCCUUCAAAGAGACAAGAGAGUAG